AUGCGUAAAAAUCCAGGUUCCAUCUAUUUUAUUGCAUUCAAUAUCGCCAAUAUUCUUUUAAUAUGGAAUGUUCUCGUUCCAUAUGUUUAUCUUCACUGGACUGGUUUUGAUCUUACUAUAUUCAAUCUCAUCUAUUGUCGGUUUCGACUAUAUCUAUUAAAUGUGUUAAUGAUAUUACCACCAUCCUAUUUAAUUUUAUCUUCAAUUGAUCGAACUUUAAUUACUUCUCGUAAUGCUUUGACAAGACAACGAAGCACUCGACAUUUGGCCUUGUGGUCAAUUAGUGGAAUAACUCUUCUAUGGCUUCUCUACUAUUCUCACAUUUGGUUUCUUGUCAAUAUUCAAUCACCUGCUCCUGGUGUUUCUAUCUGUUUUUACAAAUCUGGUGUCUAUUCUAUGUUUAUGAGCUAUUCUACGAUGACAGUAACUGGUUUUUUGCCACCCCUUGUAAUGGCGAUCUUUGGCAUAUUGACAAUAAGAAAUUUUCGACAAGUUCAAGUUCAUUGUACUUCAAAUGAAUCUAAUACUACUGGUCCAUUAUCAUCGAAAGAUCGCCAAUUAACUAUUAUGUUAUUAUUUGAAGUUCUUAUUUUUAUUAUCUUUUCAUUGAUAGGAUCGAUCCUUUUUGUCUAUACACAAAGAAUUCCAAAUGAAAGUAAAACUAUAGAACAACAAGCUUUGGAUUUUUUUCUUCUUGAUUUUGGUUUAAAUCUCGUAUUUAUACAAGCUUCAACAAGUUGCUACUCAAAUUUCAUCGUUUCAAAAAGUUUUCGCCAAAAUAUUCAAAAACUUAUUUGGAAAAUAAUCCCUGAUCAUUGCCGUCGAAAAUUGGAGAAUCAUUGGCCAAAUAUGGCGCCAAAUUCAUUAAAUAUAACUGCUACGGCUGGAACAGCUCAGACGCGCACACAACUUGUACAUAAAUGA